AUGCGAGUUUUCCUCAACCCUUCCAUGGCGAUUCUCUCUGUUUUCCUCUCAUUCCUUCUCCUCUCUCUCCCUCUCCCUUCCCUCCAAGACCUCAACGCCGACAGAGCCGCGCUUUUAUCGCUCCGCUCCUCCGUCGGCGGCCGCACAUUUCGCUGGAACAUCAGACAGACCUCGCCGUGUAACUGGGCCGGUGUCAAAUGCGAAAACAACAGAGUCACCGCCCUCCGCCUCCCCGGCGUCGCUCUCUCCGGGAAAAUCCCGGAGGGUAUUUUCGGUAAUCUAACUCAGCUCCGUACGCUCAGCCUCCGUCUCAACGCUCUCUCCGGCUCACUCCCUCUGGAUCUGAGCAGCUGCUCCGAUCUCCGGCACAUCUACCUGCAAGGAAACAGAUUCUCCGGCGAGAUUCCGGAAGGUUUAUUCACUCUCACUAAACUCGUGAGGCUUAAUCUCGCCGAGAACAGCUUCACCGGUGAAAUCUCCUCCGGAUUCUCCAAUCUCACGAGGCUGAAGACUCUCUACCUGGAGGAUAAUCAACUCUCCGGCUCAAUCCCGGACCUCGAUUUACCGUUGGCUCAAUUCAACGUCUCCAACAACUCGUUGAACGGAUCAAUUCCCAAGAAUCUCCAGAAAUUCGACUCCGAUUCGUUUCUGCAAACGUCACUCUGCGGCAAGCCGCUCAAAAUCUGCCCUGAAGAAGCAACUGUGCCGAGUCAGCCUACUUCCGGCGGAAACAGAACACCGCCAUCUGUUGAGGAGAGCAAGGAGAAGAAGAAAAGGAACAAACUUUCCGGUGGAGUUAUAGCCGGAAUUGUGAUCGGAUGCGUGGUUGGUUUCGCUUUGAUCGUUCUGAUUCUGAUGGUGCUCUGCCGGAAAAAGGGAAAUCGGAGAUCGAGAGCCGUCGACAUUUCCACAAUCAAACAGCAAGAAACCGAAACUCCCGGAGAUAAAGAUACGGCGGAGAACGGAAAUGGGUACUCUGUGACUGCCGCUGCUGCGGCGGCGAUGACCGGAAACGCGAAAUCCGGAGGAGAAGCGAACGGUCCGGCGUCGAAAAAGCUUGUCUUUUUUGGUAACGCGACUAAAGUUUUCGAUCUCGAGGAUUUGCUUAGAGCUUCUGCUGAGGUUUUAGGGAAAGGAACGUUUGGAACGGCGUAUAAGGCGGUGCUUGAUGCUGUUACGGUGGUGGCUGUGAAGAGGCUGAAGGAUAUGAUGAUGCCGGAUAAAGAGUUCAGGGAGAAGAUUGAGUUGGUUGGUGCAAUGGAUCAUGAGAAUUUGGUGCCGUUGAGAGCUUACUAUUUCAGCAGAGACGAGAAGCUUCUUGUCUAUGACUUCAUGCCUAUGGGAAGCUUAUCUGCUCUCUUACAUGGAAACAGAGGAGGGGGAAGAAAUCCACUAAACUGGGAUGUGCGAUCGAGAAUUGCUCUUGGGGCAGCUCGUGGCUUGGACUACCUUCACUCGCAAGGCAACUCGACCUCUCACGGCAACGUCAAAUCCUCGAACAUCCUCUUAACGAAGUCGUACGACGCUAAAGUCUCGGACUUUGGGUUGUCCCAGCUCGUGGCGGCCUCUACGACGACUCCGAACCGGGCGACGGGUUACCGUGCGCCGGAAGUUACUGACCCUAAACGUGUGUCGCAGAAAGGUGACGUGUACAGUUUCGGUGUGGUGCUUCUUGAGCUGAUCACUGGUAAGGCUCCGUCGAAUUCGGUGAUGAAUGAGGAAGGGGUUGAUUUGCCGAGGUGGGUUAAAUCGGUGGGGAGAGAUGAGUGGAGGAGAGAGGUUUUUGACUCGGAGCUGCUUAGUUUGGCGACGGAGGAAGAGGAGAUGAUGGCGGAGAUGGUGCAGUUGGGGAUUGAGUGUACGUCACAGCAUCCGGACAAGAGGCCGGAGAUGGCGGAAGUGGUUAGGAAGAUUGAGGAUUUGAGACGAUCUGGUCCUGAUCAGGUGAACGAAGCUGAUUAA